AUGACGUUUGCAUUCCUUGGUGACAAGAAUGACAACAAGGAACAGCGAAGGAGUACAUAUGGCUGGACAAACAUUAGGCUCAGCGACUUCAUUGACAGCGCAAUUUUUGCCGAAACUGACGAGGAAGCGACUAACAUCAUGUGCUCACUGUCAGAGAUUGCCCAGUCGUAUGGCCUCAAAAUAAACGCGGAAAAGACCAAGGUGAUGACCUCGGAUGGAUCGCCCGCGUCCGUGCGACUGGGUAGCGUCGCCUUGGAGCAAGUGAGUAAUUUCAAGUACCUUGGAUCGGUCGUUCAAGAAAGGAAAGUGGCUGCCGAGGCUGAGGUCCGCAGCAGGAUUGGUCACGCGUCUAAGACAUUUGCAGCGUUAAAGUGGUGUCUCUGGAAGAAGAGUAACAUAUCACUGAAAACCAAAAUUCGCAUGUUCCGGACGCUGGUGCUCCCGGUGCUACUAUAUGGGUCUGAGACAUGGACGUUGCUCAAGUCGGAUCUCUCUCAUCUCGAGGUGUUUCAAAUGCGUUGUCUCCGCCAUAUGCUCGGGAUCAGGCUUCGUGACCAUGUCACGAACAACGCCAUCAGGGAGAAGUUUGAAGAUCAACCCACAAUCGAGGAACAAUUGAAACUGCGACGGCUACGAUGGUUCGGUCAUCUGUGCAGGAUGGGUCACGACAGAAUACCUAAUAUGCUCCUGUGGAGAAAACGCCCUGGCGCCCUUAGGGCUCUGGUGCAGUGUUGA